AUGAUAACAGCAAAAGGAGACGAAGGCUCUGUGAGAACCCCGUCGUGUGACUCUCAAGUUUCAUCGGCUUUUUCGACUACUGAAAGUGCACGCACACCAGUGUUUGACUCGCCUGCA